GUCCGGACACUUUCCACCCCUUCCGGUCCGGACACUUUCCCCCCCCUUCAAUCCGGACACUUUCCCCCCCUUCCAGUCCGACACUUUCCCCCCCUUCCAGUCCGGACACUUUCCCCCCCUUCCAGUCCGGACACUUUCCACCCCUUCCAGUCCGGACACUUUCCCCCCCUUCCAGUCCGGACACUUUCCACCCCUUCCGGUCCGGACACUUUCCCCCCCCUUCAAGUCUGGACACUUUCCCCCCCCUUCCGGUCCGGACACUUUCCCCCCCCCUUCCAGUCUGGACACUUUCCCCCCCUUCCAGUCCGAACACUUUCACCCCCUUCCAGUCUAGACACUUUCCCCCCCCCCUUCCAGUCUGGACACUUUCCCCCCCUUCCAGUCCGGACACUUUCCCCCCCUUCCGGUCCGGACACUUUCCCCCCCCUUCCGGUCUGGACACUUUCCCCCCCUUCCGGUCCGGACACUUCCCCCCCUUCCGGUCCGGACACUUUCACCCCCUUCCGGUCCGGACACUUUCACCCCCUUCCGGUCUGGACACUUUCACCCCCUUCUGGUCCGGACACUUUCCCCCCUUCCGGUCCAGACACU